AUGGAUCAACUUAGCGGCAGGAGUGAUAGUAAUGAAGGCACAAUGGAAGUGGCUUAUGAGGCCAAUGAUUUAUAUUUAAAAAACCGCAGUGAAUUAGUUGCUUUAGUUCAUCGUCAGAUCAACAAGUGGCCUUUUGAUGGAAAUAGAAAGUUCAGUUCCUCGAAGACAGCAAAGGCGCUUAUUAUGAGUGUGCUCUUGGAACCCAAGUACGGUUUCACAAAAGUGAUAUCAGUGACAGCAUCAAAUACACCUGCAGUAGCUCUUAAGCCAACAACCGCAGGAUGGGGUUCUUCCAAUGCUAUUCUCGAAGUCCCCACAUGCCUUGAACUUGAACAUGCUCAGCAGCAAAAUGUCACGGUUCUUCAAGGGAAUGACAGCUCUUUACCUCACCUGCCAUCUGUGAUGCUGUGCCCUGUCAAUGCAGAGGACUGUCAGGAGUGCUCUCAAAGGGGUUAUCAGCGUACAGAGCCCACACUUAUAGUCCAGGGUGGGAGUCCGGCCAUUCACACUUGUCAAGUACAAGUAUGCGCCAUAGAACCAUUACUAUGA